AUGGAUUUUCUAAGUGCUACUAAUAAUAGAGAUCCACACACUUUUUCGAAUCCAGGACAUGUCACAAACGCGCUUGAUGGAACAGUUUUACAUCGUCAUAUUGAUGAAACUAAUUCUGCCUUUGGAAAUGCAAUUCGCGUAGAUUUGCCAUCAAUUAUUGGCACUGAUAACCCUGAAUGUAAAAUACAAAUUGAAUAUGAAACACGUGAAGACUCUCGUGCAUUAUAUUGGCUAACACCAAAGCAAACUGCCGAUGGUAAACAUCCCUUUCUACUGUCUAACAACAAGCUAAUUAACGCUAGAUCGUGGUUUCCUUGCCAAGACACCCCAUCUGUCAAAUUUACGUACUCUGCUACGAUUUCAGUACCAAAAAAUUAUAGAGUUCUAAUGUCUGCACUUUCGCUUGAAGUAGACAGGAAGGAUCCGGAACUAGAUAAAUAUAAAUUCCGUCAAUACAUAUCUGUACCAUCUUAUGCGGUGAUUAUUGCUGUGGGCUUACUAAAGGAAAAAGAACUUAACAAAGAAAUGAAUAUAUUUGCCGAAGAAUACAUUUUCAAGACUAAAUAUAUAAAUGAUUUUCCUUCCACCAUAAUUAAAGAAAUGUUGCAGUUUACCGAACGUUUAUGUGGAUCUUACGUGUGGGGUAGAUACGAUAUAUGCCUGCUUCCACCAAGUAUCGCCCAUUUCGAAAUAGAAUGUCCAUGUAUGAUAUUUAUUUCACCGUUUCUAAUUUACGGAGAUCGUUCUUAUGUCGGUUAUUUACUAGCUCGGAACAUCUCACAGAUCUGGGCAGGAAAUUUAGUUACAUGUUGCAAUUAUGAACAUUUGUGGUUAAAUAAGAGUUUCAGCAUUUUUAUUUCGAGAAAAAUCAUGCGCACAAUUUUAUAUCAUGAUGGUAUAGAUGUCUUUCUUCAAAGGGAGGGAUUAAAGAACCUGAAUAGUUUG